AUGGCCGAAGAGGAGUUUGAGAUUGACAUCUACGGCGAUGCGCCAAACGAUCAGAACAACGAGCAGCAGUCUUCCCACCAAGAUGACGCCCAGUCGUAUAAUGACGGACAUGCCCACGGCGAAGAUUCCCACGCGGACGAACACGAACGCUACGAUGAUAGCAACGCGGGCCGUGAUAGCAGCCAAACCCGUAAUGCUCCCCAACAAGGCGUAAAGAGGAAGAGCGGUUCUGAGAACGACGACCGGCCUGUUGACCCCGGCGCGACGGCUGCUCUCAUGCUUUCCGACUUGAACUGGUGGACGACCGAUGAUGGAAUCCGCGCGUAUGCUCGCGAGGCUGGUUGCGAAGACGAGUUGAAGGAUGUUACCUUUAGUGAGCACAAGGUUAAUGGCAAGAGCAAGGGUCAAGCCUACGUUGAAUUCGCCACCCAGCAAGCGGCGACCGCUGUCAAGCGCUUUAUCGAUUCCCUCUCGAGCGAUUCCAAUCAAGCGCCAUUCAAGAAGCUCGUCGUUUCCUACUCGAUGGCCGGCGUCAACCCCUUCCGCACAUUGCCCAAGGAUGCCCCCGCCCGAUCCGGCAAGGACGACCGCAACAGGUCAAGUUCGGGUUCUUAUAACGACGGCGGACAGAGCAACAUGGGAGGAGGAAACUACCGCGGCAACUACCGAGGACGAGGAGGUUACGGCCACCGCGGAAACAUGCACAAUAACCAAUCCGGCUUUAACCGCAACUUUUCUGGCGGAAGCAACAUGGGCGGUGGUGGCGGUUACAACAACCAGAUGUUCGGCAACCCCAUGGGCGGAGGCGGCGGCUUUGGCUUCAACCGCGGCGGCAUGAUGAACAUGGGAAUGCCUCGAGGAGGUGGCGGUGGAAUGCGAGGUGGCCGGGGCGGAAUGGGCAACGGCAUGAUGGGCAUGGGUCCGAUGGGCGGUAUGCCUAAUCCCAUGGGUGGCAUGGGGAUGAUGGGUGGUGGUAUGCAAGGAUUCGGAGGUGGCAUGCAAACUCCGUUCGGCCCCGGCUUCUUCCCCCAGAUGGGAUCAGGCAACCAAGAAUGGGGCAAUCCCCAUGGGGCGAAGCGACCCAGGCCAGAGUAG